UUAUGUCCUAAUGGGUGACAAUGGAGCAAUUUGGGCAAAGGGGCCAGCAGUCUGUGUACAUCUGUGAUCCAAAGAAUGGCCGGCAUGUCAGUAUUGUAAUUGUGUCUGUUAAUAUCUGUUAAUAAAGUGGUAAAGUGGGCCCCGUGACCGAUGAAGACUCACCAGACAGCAUUCCUAUUGGCUACUUUAUUCACUAACAUGCACUUCCUGGUUAUGGUGUGUUUCUAAUGUAGAACAGCAGCCGGAGAGCUGACAGACACACCAAGUCCUGCUGCAGUCUCAGGUUUGGCCUCACAACUCCUGCUGAAGUCGAGGGGCCACAGCGUCAUAUUGAAUAAAGUCACGUCAUCACUUCACCGGAUAUCAGGGACAUAAACAGACUGACGAUGGCUGAAACCCAGCUGUGUGGAUUACAGGACGAGUUCACCUGCUCGGUGUGUCUGGACACCCUGACUGAUCCCGUCAUCUUCCCCUGUGGACAUAAUUUCUGUCUGAAGUGCCUCACGGACUGCUGGGAUCAAAGCCAAGAGUGCAGCUGUCCUCAUUGCGCAAGGCCUGAGCUGAACAGAAACACUCUGCUGAAUGAAGUCAUGAAGAAAAUGAAGAGACCAAGACUCAGUCCUCAUCCAUCUCAGAAUUAUGCCGGCUCUGGAGAAGUGGAGUGUGACUUCUGUACUGGAAAGAAGUUGAGAGCGGUGAAGUCCUGUCUAACCUGCAUGGCCUCCUACUGUCAGACUCACCUGCAGCCUCACUAUGAAGUAGCGGUCCUGAAGCACCACAAGCUGGUUGAUUCUGAUGGAAAUCUAAAGGAAAAACUCUGUGGGAAACAUUGGAAAAGUCUGGAGCUGUUUUGCAGAACCGAGGAGACAUGCAUCUGCAUGAUGUGUGGAAUUACUGAACACAACAGUCAUGAAAAAGUUGAGCUGGAGACGGAAAGAGAAGGAAAACAGAAACAUCUGGGGGCGACACAGAGUGAAAUUAGGAAAAGACUUGAGGAGAAAGAGAAGAAACUGAAGGAGACAAGGAGGACAGUGGCGGAGAUGAAGAUCUCAGUGAAACAAAAGAUGGAAGAACAUGACAAGAGCUUCACUGAUCUGAUUCAAUGCAUUGAGGAAGCCCAUAAGAAACUGACUGAGAAGUUCAGAGAACAAGAAAAGAGAAAUGUUGAGAAGGCUAAAAAAGUCAUGGAGCAACUGGAGAAGGAGAUCAAGGAGCUGAAGAGAAAAGACUCUGAGCUGAACAAGCUUUCAGAAAUGAAGGACCACGUCCACUUCCUGCAGACUUUUUCAUCUCGCUGUGUCCUUCCCCCUAAUAGAGACUCACUCAGCUUCACUGUCAUACUUGACUUUUCUUCUGAGGACCUGCUAGAGGAGCUGUCAGGUCUAAAAACGAGUAUGGAGAAGAUCAGCAAGUGGGACAUCCCGAUAUGGACUCCACCAGGUCGUGAAGCUCCAAUCUUCACACUACAGCCUCCUGAACCUCAGAGCAGAGAGGAAUUUUUACAAUACUUCUGUCCCAUCACACUGGAUAUCAACACGGCACACAGAGACCUCCGUCUGUCUGAAUGGAACAAGAAGGUGACAUAUGAGUGGACAAAAGCCGAAUAUCCUGAUCAUACUAACAGAUUUGACUACUGGGCCCAAGUUCUGUGCAGAGAGGGUCUGACUGGGACUCGCUGUUACUGGGAGGUGGAGUGCAGUGGAGACUUCAUGAUGAUUGGAGUCGCAUAUAAAGGACUGGGCAGGAAAGGAGAGGGUAGGGAGUGCGGCCUUGGAAACAACGAAAAGUCCUGGAGUUUGCGGUGGACUCAAUCCCAGUACUCUGUGUGGCACAAUAACAAGCGGACUCUAAUUAGCGCCCCCUACAGCCCCAGAAUAGGUGUGUAUCUGGACUGGCCUGCUGGCUCUCUGUCAUUUUAUAGCGUCUCACACACAAUGACCCUCCUGCACAGAUUCAACACCUCCUUCACUGAGCCCCUCUAUCCAGGGUUUUGGUUUGGUCAUAACUCCAGUGUAAUAAUCUGUCAUUUGACACCAUGUGACCAGUGACCAGUACCCUCCACCGGUCACAUGAUGUCCCUACAAGCGCAGGUCCUCUUUGUGUUUGUAGUCUGGUGUGAAAUUAAAUUUAUAAGAUGGGUGGGUUGGUAUCACCACCUUUGUGAUUGAAUUUGUGGAUGAGAAUGAGUGGCGAGUGAAGCUGUCAGGGUCUCCAUUAUCAUUGGGUUUGAGUAGCUAAUCAGUUGUGUGUGUCACAAAUACCAGUCUGACCAGCAGCCAGCAGCAGGGGUUGAUUCACAGCCACAUGUCCUUCAGGCUGACACCAAAACAAUUACUAAGGCCCCCAAGUGUCAGUGAAUGUCAGCUGUUAAGUAGGACAGGCGUGUGGUCCUGCUGGAUCAGCACAACUGAAAGGCGCUAUACAGACUCAGUAUGGAGAGCUCUUGAAUAGUGACUAUAUAUAGGAGCAGAGAGUGACAGAUGGGACUGGAGUGUUGUCCACUCACCAGACAUUUUGUGACCCUCCAUUGGUCACUCAAAGGGUCCUUCACUUCAGAAUGAAUUCACUGUGAAUGUCUGAAGAUGAGGACUCACCAAUCAGUCAGAUGUCAGCCAUACUGACAGAGUUUGGUGUUUUAGUUGAUGUCACAUUAAACUUUAAACUGCACCUCCUCCUUGUCCCCAGAUUUGUCACUCUUGGUACCCUGAAAGCUCCAGGAUUUUCAAAAAAUGAAUUCUUUGUCAGUUGGCACACACUUGACAUGGGUGCACAUGUGUGGUUUUGCAGUGGACUGGCACCCCAUCCUGGGUUGGCCCACCUUGUCAACUAACCUGAAAUUGAAAAGCGGAUAAGAAAGACAACGAAUUGACAGAAGGGGUCACUGAUUGGUCAGUCGCCAAAGUACUGCCCCUUGUGGCCACUCUAAAUAUUACACAGCAAUUUAUACAAAAAAGAAAACAAAAAGAUAAAAGCAGAAAGCAUUCAGUGAAAUCCUGAGCAGUGAAACAAGAAAGGAGAGUUUGAGAAACAAUCAGAGAGUCAGACGAAUGGAGACUUUAACAGGAGGACUGAGGGGUGGGACUGAAGUGCAGUCCGCCAUAUUACACACAUGGGAAAGGUCAGCAGUGAACGGGAGAACAGAAUACAGUGCAGUGUAAAAGAAAUAAGAAUAAAGUAAAAACACAAGAAUAAAACAUCUUAAAUAAAGAACUUUGAAUAUUAUAUCUAAAACUAAUAAAUAUUUAAAUGAAUUAAGAGCAAAAUAAGAGUGACGCGAUCACACAGUCACAUGACCUUCAGAGCUGACAGGUCAGCUGAUUCUUCUGUUGCCAAACUGCCCCCUCUAGUGGCCACUCUCAGUAUUAAAUGAAUGGCAAGGCUGAGGGGGAGGAAAGAUUUGGGUUUGAUCAAAUGGAUAUUUAGUGGAGAUUUCUUAAUAUUGUCAUUACCUUUAAGGACAGUGCAGCUUUGUUAGGUUAUGUAAGAUUCUAUAUGGGAAAAGAACAUUUAUUUUAAUAAAGCUUUUUAAUAAUCGUUAUGUAUUAACAAAAUACAAAUCUAAUAACUGUUUACAUUUUGUAUAAUAAACUCCCGAUGGUGUUUGGUGAAUAAACAUUAAGGAUGACUGACAUUUGUCAAAUCUGCUCCUCUGUGACCUUCUGACUUGUCACCACCUCUGGUCACAUCUCCUGUGUUGUCUGAUCUGAAGAUAUAACACUCCGUAUUGAUGAUCCAUUUCUUAGUAGCACUGAAAAAGUCAGAAUAUGCUUUUUAAUUCUGAAGACAAUGGAGUGAGUAACAAAUAAGAUGUUGAUUUGGAUUGAAUAUUUGAUUUGUACGUCUAGCAGUGAAAUCGAUCAUUUAGACCUGAGCAGUGCUCUCCAUUCCACAUCUGAGUGUCUGCGCUCUGUCAUGUGUCCUGUGUGCCCCCGUGUGCCCCUUUGUGUCCUCGUAUACCCACUCCAGCCUGACACCCCCACACUAUUGAGAUGUUCAGUUACUAAUAAAGAUGGACAUUAAAUGGUGAAUUUGACACUCAUGGACACCACAAGACGUUGAAGUGCAUUGAGGACUGAAGUCAGCUGUGAUGUUUCAUUUUGGGUUUCAUUUCUGCCUUAAAUGAGUUUAUUUUUACAUUAAUCUUUUUGUUAUUUAUAUUAAUUGUUUUGUAAAUGGUAUUGAUUUUGUUGUUGUAUGUAUGGUGAUUUGACGUGUAUUUUGUUUUAUUAAUCUCAUGUUUAUGUAUUUUGUUAGUUUUGUUGUCCUUCAUUUUCUUUUG